AUGAGCGGUGUGAAUGAGAACCAGACCACCUGGCUGACCCUAGUGGGCUUCGGGAAGCUGAAACACCUGGGCUUCCUCCCCUUUGCCUUCUUUCUAGCCAUCUAUGUGACAACGGUUGGUGGCAAUAUCCUCAUUGUGCUUGCUGUGGCCUCCAGUCGGACCCUCCACACACCCAUGUACUUCUUCCUCUGCCAUUUCUCCCUGCUGGAGAUUGGCUAUACAUCCAACAUCGUGCCUCGGCUUUUACAGAGCUUCCUGGAAGGUGGGGACGUCAUCUCAUUGGUCAGCUGCCUCGCCCAGUUCUAUGUGUUUGCCUCUCUGGCCGCAGCAGAGUGUCUCAUGCUCUCGGCCAUGUCCUAUGAUCGUUACUUGGCCAUCUGCCAUCCCCUUCAUUACCCGGUUCUCAUGAGCACCUGGUGCUGUGGUUGCCUAGCCACGGGUGCUUGGUUCAGUGGCUUCUUCUUCUCUGCCUUCACUCUGGCCUUAGCAGCCCCUCUAUCCCUCUGUCCCGGCCGCCGGGUGAUUGAUCACUACUUCUGUGACUUUGCCCCGGUUGUAGGGCUGUUCUGUGGAGAGGUGUGGAUCAUGUGGGGGGCUGGCGUGAGUAUCUCGGGCUGCCUCACGCUCGCCCCCUUCCUGUUGAUCGUCGCUUCCUACGUCUUCAUCCUGCGGACUGUGCUGAGAAUACCCUCGGGCCACGGGAGGCAGAAAGCCUUCUCCACCUGCUCCUCCCACCUCAGUGUGGUUGCUGUGUUUUACGGCACUCUCAUUGUGGUCUACGUGGCCCCGACAGAUCACAUGCCCUCCUUACUCAGGAAGGCCUUCUCGGUCCUCUACACAGUGCUCACCCCCAUGCUCAACCCCAUCAUUUACAGUCUCAAGAAUCAAGAGGUAAAAUGGGCUCUGCAUAGGCUCCGGAAGACGUGCCCCCGCUGA